CCAUGUGGCUACGUAGCGUGUUAGACCCAAUGUGGGUAUAAAGUAACAGACAUUCACCACAUCAAGUCAUUAUUCAAUAUAACUUUGAUACAUACGAAUCGUGGUUUAGAUAUAUACGUAGAAUUAUAGAUAAAAUGCAAUAGUAUUAACGGAUAGAUACAUUUUUAUAAUAAGAGUUUCAAUAACGUUACAAUACGUUAAGGACUAUUUAGUUUGACAGAAAGAAAAUUAUUAAUGUUUUGGAAUACAAUGGAGAAAUCAUCUACAUGUACAUAUUUUUGUUUGUUGUAUGGGUGCAGUCUAUUUGUGUCUGUACUCAGCCAUGCAUUCAACAAUGCUGUUCUUGAACGACGAGAAAAAAUGGACAAAGAACAGACAUUAAAAUGUAACAAUCCUUGUCCGUUUGGAUUUGUACCGGACGUGGAGGGAAAACUUACGUGUAGAUGUUUUGAUCCUUGUAGAAACAUUAUGUGUCUGCAAGGAGCUACUUGUUUUGCUGAAAUGCCGAAAAACUGCGGAUGGGAACCUUGUCGUCCAGUGACAAAAUGUAUAGAAGAGACAACACAUGUACAUACUGUAAAUAAGGACGAGUAUGGAGAUUGGUUGGAAUUUCCGGUGUUAGAUGAUCCUGACCAAUGGCUGAGUAAAAACACCGGAAAUGACGUUGAUGUUUGCUCACAAGCACUCCCAAUGGCAGCAGUUGACUGCAAACAUAAGCGAAGACGCUGGUAUUUCAAUCCAAUGACUGGAAAAUGCGAUCGAUUUUUGGGAUGCGUCACUUCCGGCAACAAUUUCGGAAGAAAGCUAUACUGCAAAGAGCAAUGUAGAUUCCCUUUUAUGAAGAGAAAGAACGCACAGAAAGCUUUUAAAUCAGCGGAAGUAGCUCAAAAUCCAGACUGUGAAUUAUCUUUGAGUGUAGACGCUUACAAAUGUGAAAAUAAAACGAAAAGAUGGCAUUUUAACUCAAAGACAAAUAAGUGUGAAAAGUUCACCGGUUGCAAGACGAAUGGAAACAAUUUUUCAAGAAAGUCAUCCUGCAAAUCUUCAUGUCUUGCAAAAAGUAAACGUCAGUUUAAUAUGAAAGACAAACAUCUCCAAGAGAGCAGCCCUAGAUAAAUCCACCAUGUAGUGCCCAGUAUAGCUCUAUCUGUGAUAUAAAAGAAACUCGACGGCCAGUAUUCUGAAUGGCGAUAAACUCAAAUGACACUAGGAGUGGAGUACGAGUGGACCGGACCCGUAGGGGUGUGGUUCCCAGCUCGUGAGUGUGACAGUGAAAACGAUCGCUUGUUUGGUUUUAACAGUGGAAACCUUACAAGCGUGAAAAUAAUGCCUUGUGCAGACGACGAGUCGCAGACGACAGUAACGUACAUAGUUUACUCAUUGACCUUGUUCCAAGUCAAGAAUCAGUUGUCUUGAAAUUAAACGUUCAUUGAAUAAUCAUUGGAAUAACACAUGUCAUGAAGUAUGCUUGGAAAUUAAUUCAUGAAGCAAAUACAAAUCUACAAGAUGUAAAUAUCGUUACUAAAACAAUUAGCAAAGUGAUUUUAACAUUCCAAAACUGUAAUUCCAUUUCUUUAUAAAAAUGGCUCAAGCGCUCAAUCAUGUAGUCUUGAUGUAAGAUUUUAUAAUAUUUGACAUGUUUUUGUGGGUAAUAUUAACUAAUACUAUACUUAAAAGUAGUGGCCUUCUUUUACUAUGGUGGGGAAUAACAGCCAUAAGUAAACGUUAAUGCAUCUUGAAUUUCUCGUGGCCAUUAUGUGUAAUCACAUGACUAUGACGCAAGUUUCAAGCAACAAUUCAAAUUCACACGAAUUGAAACUUACAUUUCAUUAUCUUACAGAUAUACACCAGAAUUUUAAAAAAAACUGUUGGUUAUGAUUUCGGUGAUAUGGUUCAUUACUUUUGACGUACAUUGAAUAUAUUGAGGCAUUCAGAUAGUUCAAUUUGUGGUUUUAAUUAUGUUUUAUGUUGGAAUAAGCUCUUAUAAUCACAUGAACCAAAUUGGCCUAUGCUUAUUUAUAAUAAUUUUAUAGCUUUUUUGUCAUUAAAUCUGCAAUCCGAAAUGAAAAAAAAUAUAACCAGACAACAUUGAUUUUUUCGGCCGUACUGCUUUUGCUUUAACAUUGACUUCCGGUAUUUUUUCGGAAUAAUUCGGUAUUUGCCGAACGGGCAAUAAGUGUGCUAUGAAAUUAUUUUUACAAUGAUAAGAUUUCUGUAUUUGAAUAACACUUAAAAUUACUAAGCCACAGUUUUACUGGGAUUACCCUGGCCAAGUGUUAUCUUGAAUGCCAAUGUAUUUUAAUAUAUUGUGACAUUAAACAGCGUUAGAAAUAGUGAAUAUUAUACAAUAUUAUAUAUAUUUUUGGAUAAUGGGUGAAUGUGUCGUUUUUAUAGACUAGUACGUACAGCGGUGGUAGAAUGGAAUGGGGUGGGAGGUUCCCUAACAGAAUAACGAUCUCCUAUCGGAGAGAAUGUAUUACAACAUUUAGAAAUAUAAAUGAUAUACUACAAUGUUACAGAAGGCAUCCAUUUAUAUAAUUCAUGGUAGAUAAUAAGAAAGAAACUUUUUCUUAACUAUGCCUCAAGGCAUAGGCAAUGUGCAAUAUGACUUAUUUUAGUUAGUUUAAACUUUUUUCAGAACUUUUUCUCCAAAGCUCUUUUCAAAUUUUAUGAUUUUUUUUAACGCAAACAACUUUUUGUUUCAAAAGGAAUUCUUCAGAAGUAACAAUGUGAUAUCGCCAGAUAAAUUUUCUUGGCAAGUUUUUUGCUUUCAUACCAUCAAGACACACGGUUUUCUCGAAAUUUUGUCGAAAGUAUUUUUUUACUUUUUAUCAAACGGGUUGUUUUAUUUCUUCAACAAAACAACAAACCAAUAAGUAUUAUUGUAAAUGUAAAAAUUGUACAAAAUGUUAUAUAUAAAACUGCACAAAAUACUCCUCUAAAACUUAUGUGUUCUAAUUUACAUUGUACAACUUUUUUUCUAACCACCUGGUGGGGCGGUAUCAUGUAUAGUUAUGUUUAAUUGUAUGGGUUAUUGUUUAAAAUAAAUAACAUUUUAUAAUAUGAUUUUUGUCACAUCUAACGAUUAUCUCUUGUCAUUUUGUCCAUAGCUCAUUUAUUUAUUGUCUCAUUUGUGAAGUAUGAUUUUUUUUUACUAAAAUGAGAAAAAAUAAAACUUUAAAA